AUGAGCUACUACUCCCAGAACUCGCCAUACCAGCCGCCGUACCAAGCAGAUCAUCCUCCUCAACAGGCCACGCAAAACGACGACUUUGCGCCGCCCACAGGCCCUCCUCCUGGUUGGCAUCAGUUCAAUGACCCAAAUCCAAACAUUCCCUCUACGAGUAGCUACUUCAGCGCUGCCAGUCCCCAUCAACGCCCUAAUUCUAGCCACUAUCCCUCUGGAAACCACAAUGAUGUCCCCCAGCCUCAGAACAGCAACGACUACAGCACGAGCAACCAUGGACAUCUGGCUCCCCGCAGCAUGAAUGUCCACCCACAGCAACAACAAGAACAAGAACAACAUCCAUUCUCAUCACACAGUCGGCCCAAUUCACGACCUUCGUCAGUGUCCAUGAUUUUCCCGCCCAGCAUGUACGCGUGGUGGAAUUCCGACUCCAAGCUAGGCACCUUCAUCGAGCUAGGCCUAGAACCCAAAGGCGAGGCCCUCUUCUCCGCCAAACUCAGCAUGUCGAGUGGGAAAGUUACCCUCCGACGCGAGAAAUUCAAGCACAAUGGCCAGCAACUCGCCGAAGCCAAGCUCAAGAACACGCUGAGCUCCAAGUACAUCAUCAAGCUGCCAAGCGGGCUGGAGGUCGAGUACGGCUCCAGCUUCCACUUUAUGUACAAGGGCCAGCGCGAGGAAUGGAAGUGGGGGACCGGCGGAGGGAAAUCUUUUACUGGCAAGAUCACAGAGAAGCUGACGGGGAAGAUGACGGGCAAGGAGAAGAGUUAUCAGCUGACGGGGCAGACGAGCGGUACUAUGGCUGCCGUCUUUAUCGGCGAGGGCCACAGUUUUAAUGAUAUUUCCGCGACGUUGGAUAAGAACAAGUUUGGGCGCUUUGAGUUUCAGGGGCCGGUGCUUUCGGGUGAGCUGGGGAAUGACUUUGCGACGGUGGCCCUGGUUGCGUUUGCCAAGUUGAAGCAACGGGAGGUGGAAAACCGGCUUCUCGACGCAGUCUUUGAGAUGGGAGGAUGA